GCAGGAACUCAUGAGUCUGUUUCGACACGUAGCCCUGUGACUUUCUUCUUAAUAUUUUUGUAUCUAUGAGUUGUUCCCACCCUUUUUUGUACCACCUGAGGAACUUGAGAGAUAGGGCAGGCAGUAGUCAGAGAAAAGACAGAGGGGAACAUGGCCGCGCAUAAAAGCAAAAGUUGGCUUUAUAUGUUGUGCAGAGAGGCUAUUUCCUUUAGGGGUGAUAACCGCUAUCACAGAGGCAUCUUUUGCACGUCCGAGAAAGUCAUCAAGUACCAGAGACGAAGUCGUUCUGACUUCGGAAAGAAAACGAGCUUGGCUCCUAAUAUAAGCUCCUCUCUUGCUGGAAGGUCCUACCGAGAAUUGUAUGAACUGUCAGUGGAAGAUCCGGACACUUUCUGGGGAUCAGUUGCGAACGAGAGGCUUUUAUGGAGCAGACCUUUCGACCAAGUGAAGAACUGCGAUAUCACGCAAGGAAGAAUCAACUGGUUUCUUGGAGGACAACUGAACGUUUCUGUGAAUUGUUUGGAUGUGCAUGUGGCCAGACAUCCGGACAGAGUUGCUCUGGUGUGGGAGAGGGAUAAACCUCGCACCGAGGUGAAGGUCACCUACAAGGAGCUCCUGGAGACCACCUGCCGCCUGGCCAACACCCUGAAGAGACAUGGCGUGCAGCGAGGGGACCGGGUGGCCAUCUACAUGCCCGUCUCCCCACUGGCCGUGGCGGCCAUGCUGGCCUGCGCUCGGAUUGGCGCCGUUCACACAGUGGUGUUCGCAGGCUUCAGUGCGGAGGCCCUGGCGGGAAGAAUCCAGGAUGCUCGGUGCAAGGCUGUGGUCACCUGUAACCAGGGCGUGCGAGGGGGCCGGGUGAUCGACCUGAAGGCCACGGUGGACGCGGCCGUGAAGGGCUGCAGCUCUGUCCAGCACGUGUUCGUGGCUCAGAGGACGGAUAACCGAGUGCCCAUGGGUGAGCUGGACGUCCCCUUGGAAGAGGAGAUGGCGAAGGAGUCGGUGGAGUGCCCCCCGGAGGCCAUGGACAGUGAGGACAUGCUCUUCAUGCUGUACACCUCAGGCAGCACGGGCAAGCCCAAAGGAAUUGUCCACACACAGGCUGGGUACCUGCUCUAUGCUGCCCUCACACACCAGUACGUGUUCGGCUAUCAGCCAGGGGAUGUGUUUGGAUGCGUGGCGGACAUCGGUUGGGUGACGGGGCACAGCUACGUCGUGUACGGGCCUCUCUGCAACGGGGCCACCACUGUUCUCUUUGAGAGCACUCCUGUGUACCCGGAUCCAGGCCGGUACUGGGAGACGGUGGAGAGGCUGGGAAUCAACCAGUUCUAUGGCGCGCCCACGGCCAUCCGCCUGCUGCUGAAGUAUGGGGAGAGCUGGGUGAAGAAGUACGACAGGUCGUCCCUCAAGACCCUCGGCUCGGUGGGAGAGCCUAUCAAUCACGAGGCAUGGGAGUGGUUCUACAAUGUGGUGGGAGAUGGAAAAUGCCCCCUGGUGGACACGUGGUGGCAGACAGAGACUGGCGGGGUCUGCAUCGCGCCACGGCCUGCGGAGGACGGGGCGGAGAUCAUCCCCGCCAUGGCCAUGAGGCCCUUUUUCGGCAUACAACCAGUGCUCAUGGAGGAGAAGGGGAUGGUGAUAACAGGAAAUGAUGUCAGUGGGGCUCUUUGUAUCAGCCAGCCCUGGCCUGGUAUGGCUAGGACCAUCUAUGGAGACCACCAGAGAUUUGUGGAUGCUUACUUUAAACCAUACCCUGGAUAUUAUUUUACUGGGGAUGGGGCAUACCGCUCUAAAGAGGGCUAUUACCAGAUCACAGGACGUAUGGAUGAUGUCAUCAACAUCAGCGGCCACCGAUUGGGCACCGCAGAGAUUGAGGAUGCCUUGGAUGAACACUCUGAGGUUCCAGAAACAGCAGUGAUUGGUAUUCCUCACGACAUCAAAGGGGAAGUUCCAUUUGCAUUCGUUGUUCUAAAAGAAGGCGUUUCUCUUGACCAUGCCGUGGUGAUUGAAGAACUUAAACGCCUAGUGGCAACAAAAAUCGCCAAGUAUGCCAUUCCUGAUCACUUUCUGGUUGUGAAACGGCUCCCAAAGACUCGCUCCGGGAAGAUCAUGAGGCGGAUCCUGCGGAAAGUGGCCAUGGACCAAACAGAUGACUUGGGUGACGUGUCCACACUGGACGACCCCAGCGUGGUCACGGAGAUCAUCCAGGUCUACAACCAGUUCAAGAGUCAGCAAGCUCAGAAGAAAUAAAAGGCCACUAUGCUGCCCAUUGGACAGUGUAACCAACAUAGUAUUACCCUGCUUGUUUCAUAGCAUUAUCCAGACUGUGUCAGUUCAGGUGUUGCUGAAUUACCUGUACUAAUGUUAUACUGAAGGGUACUGUAUGCUCUUUAGGUUCAACCAUGGGACCUCAUUGUGUCCUUUGUGGCAUAUGUAUAUAGCCAGUUCUUGCACUGCAUUCUUUGCAGAGGUCUCCUUGGCAGUUUCGCUCUGCAGAAGGUUAUCCUGGUCUCUAAAUAAAUAGGUAAACUGCGGCCACAAAUGCAGAGCACCGCUGCUAUCAUGCUAGCCUUCUGAUACUUUCAAUCAUGAGUCACUGCACACCACUGUUGACACAUUGCCAUGGAAUUUAAUUAACACUUGAUUUGGUUAUAAAGACUGCUUUUUUGUAGGUCAGACAAAAGCAGACAAUAGUGUGUGUGCUCAACAGUGUCUUAAGUAACAGAGAUGCAGACUGAUGGCCAAGGGAAUCAGUCUUCCAGAAUGUAGUGCUACCUUAGAUAGCUUGUCAGUCAAGUACUUCCAUUUUAUCUCCAGGAGACAUCAUGUCUUAGCCAUAAGGUAUGACUUAUGGAAUUAUGGGCAGCAACAUUCUUUUUCAUGGCCAGAGCAGACAUAGCAAUCAAUUUUGUACAUACCAGCUAACAAAAAAUGCAAAUCCAUAAUUCAUUCCAUUCUAUUGAUUUUGAACAUUUUAUUUAUCAGCUAUCUAUAUAAGUUUGUCUGGAGAAAAUGUUAUUUCAGGUUAAUAAAGACAGAUAUCCAUGUGAGAUUCCUGUAAAGAUCUAUGGUAAGAGCAGUUGAAUCAAGCAUAAACAUUUAACACACAAUUGAUGUUAUUUUACCUAGGGUGGAGUUGCCAGCUUGCUUAAAAAAUCAAAAUGGGAGCUAUCAAAUUGCAAUGCAAAAUGAAUAUUUACAGAUAAACAAAGAUAGACAAACAGAUAAAUAUUUUUUGCUAAAUAAAUGACAGCAGCCAGCCUCUUUUAAUGUUAUUAUCAUGCAGUCCACAAAAGAGCAACCACAAUGUAUUGUUAUUAUAUUUUGAAGCCUGAUAACUUGAAGACUUAGAUCUAGUCACCUGCAAUCACCUAAACCA